AUGAUAUUAGCUGCAAACAAGACACACAGAAGAGAUCCUACUAAUAAUUUCAACUACUACACUGGUGGAUGGGAUAUUACUAAUUCACAUUAUAUCUUUUCAGUUGCAUAUACAGCUGUUCCUUUGGUCAUCACUGCCAUAAUCUGGUUUGUGGUGGGAGGGUUCUUCCUACUCUGUGCUUGUCUCUGUUGCUGCUGCUGUUGUUGUCGAAAAAAACACGCUAAUUAUUCUCGAACCUUUUAUGCGAUAUGUCUCAUCUUUCUCGUACUUUUCACCAUUUCAGCAAUUGUGGGAACUGGCAUUCUGUAUGCCGGGCAAUGGAGGUUCUACAAAAGCGUGGAGGGCACGUUUGGAUACCUUGUGCAGCAAGGAAAGAACAUAUUCGACAACUUUCAGAGCUUGUGGAGCAUUUUGGCGUCGGCUAAGGACAUCAAAUUAGGAGGGAUGAACUUAUUGCCAAUCAAUAUUCAAGACAGCAUUCUCAACAUCAAUUCGGUCAUCCAACAAGUUUCCAAACUUCCGAUGCUUAGUUCGCAACACAGCUCGCAACUUUUGUACCACGCCAUGAGCCCACCGAGACGUGCUCUGAAUGUCCUCGCUGCUUUGAUGCUGUUCUUGACAUUGGUUGGCUUAUUGCUUUCAGUUCUGGGCAUGCGGCUCCUCGUAUACAUAUUAACGUUGAUUGGGUGGAUUCUUGUCACCAUUACAUUUCUUUUAUGUGCUGUAUUUCUCCUUUUCCACAAUGUGGUGGCAGAUACAUGCGUGGCAAUGCAUGAAUGGGUAGAAAACCCAACGGCAAAUUCAGCUUUGAGUCAACUUCUUCCCUGCAUGGAUACCGACUCUGCAAAAGAAAUUCUAAACGUGACCAAAGUGGUGUCGUUUUUAGUAGUUGAAGUUACGAACUCCUACACCACCAAUAUCACCAACCAAAACUUUCCACCUGAAGCUGCGCCGCUCUACUACAACCAAUCUGGGCCGUUGGUCCCGCUUCUCUGUAAUCCGAUUGACCAGGAUUUCAAUCGCAGAGAAUGUGCUCCCGGUGAAGUUGACUUGAGCAAUGCCACACAAGUAAUAUGGAAGAAUUACAUAUGCCAAGUAUCGGAAACGGGCAUUUGCACCAGCGAAGGG